UGCCCCAUCAUUGGUGUCAGUGGGAGGAAUAGUGCCCUAUCAUUGGUGUCAGUGGGAAGAAUCGUGCCCCAUCAUUGGUGUCAGUGGGAAGAAUCGUGCCCCAUCAUUGGUGUCAGUGGGAGGAAUAGUGCCCCAUCAUUGGUGUCAGUGGGAGGAAUAUGCCCCAUCAUUGGUGUCAGUGGGAGGAAUAAUGCCCCAUCAUUAGUAUCAGUGACACCAAUGAUGGGGCACAAUUCCUCCCACUGACACCAAUGACACUUAGCUUGGUGACCCCUGUUCCAGCAUGGUGCUGCUGCAGCCAGCAUACCUGGUUGCAGCAGCACCAUCA